CAUCCCCCAAUCUCCGCCGAUGGCUCCUCUGCUUCCCCCCGCCAUCCUCGUCGUUCUCCUCCUCCUCCUCUUCUUCCGCGUCGUCCGCGCCGUCAUCUGGCUCCCCCGCCGCGCCCGGCUCCGCCUGCUGCGGCAGGGCGUCGGCGGCCCCCCGCGGCGCGGGCUCGUCGACGGCAACGCGGCCGAGGUGCGCGCCCUGAUCGCGCGGGCGCAGUCGGCGCCGCUCGCGUCGCUGGGCGACCCGGGCGUGGCCGGCCGCGUCGCCCCCCACUACCGCGAGUGGUCCGCCAGCUUCGGCCGGCCCUUCGUCUUCUGGUUCGGGACUCGGCCGCGGCUGGCGCUCGACGCGCCGGCCUUCCAGAAGGGGGUGCGCAACCCCAUGGCCCGGCAGCUCUUCGGCGAGGGCCUCGUCGGCCUCGAAGGCCCCAAGUGGGCCCACCACCGCAGAAUCAUCGCCCCGGCCUUCAGCAUGGAGCGGGUCAAGGGUUGGGUACCUGCAAUUGCCAAAAGUACAUUAACAAUGUUGGAGAGAUGGGAAGAGCUGGGCCGGAAUAACUCUGAGUUUGAGAUAGAUGUAUUUAAGGAGUUUCAAAUCUUCAGUGCAGAUGUCAUUUCUCGCGUGGCCUUUGGCAGUAGCUUUGAGGAAGGAAAACGUAUUUUUCAGUUGCAAGAAGAACAAGCAGUUCUUGUUUCUCUAGCAUUUAGAAAUGUGUAUAUUCCAGGGUUCAGGUUUAUACCAACAAAGAACAACCAAAAACGAUGGAGACUGAACAGGGAAAUUCGGGGCUCGUUACGGAAGUUGAUUGAGAUCAACGGAGAAGAGUGCGAGAACUCUAAGAAUUUGCUUGGUCUAAUGAUAUCAGCAAAUAAAGCUGAAGGUGAAGAAAAAAUGGGGAUUGAGGAAAUCAUUGAUGAGUGCAAAACGUUCUACUUUGCCGGCAAGGAAACAACCGCAAACCUUCUGACAUGGUCGGUGCUGCUUCUAGCAUUCCAUCAAGAUUGGCAAAACAAAGCACGUGAGGAAGUCAACCAAGUUUGUUCCGAUCGUGAAUUCCCUAGUGCGGACGAACUCGGCAAUCUCAAAAUUGUAAACAUGGUAUUGAAGGAAACUCUGAGACUGUAUCCCCCAGCUGUAGCGCUCAACAGAGUAGCCACAAGGGAUGCCAGAAUAGGCACACUCGAUAUCCCGGCCGGCACGCAGAUCUACAUGCCUAUCAUAGCUAUUCACCGUGAUGUUGAAUUGUGGGGCGCCGACGCCAACGAGUUUAAUCCAUUGCGGUUUGGAGAGGACAAGGGGCAUUACAAUCUUGGCACGUACUUUCCUUUCGGCAUCGGACCCACCAUCUGUGUCGGACAAAAUCUGGCUCUUGUCGAGGCGAAAGUAGCUCUCGCCAUGAUUUUGCAACGAUAUGAGUUCAGGAUUUCACCUUCUUAUGUUCAUGCUCCAAUGCUAUUCCUGACCCUUCAGCCUCAGUAUGGUGCCCAAGUUCUCUUGCACCGGAUAUGAGCUCAUUCCGGUUCUGAGUAGGCAUGUAAAACUAAACUGUCUCUGCUACAAAGAACACAAAUGAUUUGUGCAAUUCCAAUAUGUGAUUGUUGUUGUAUCUCA